CGCACGGCAAAACUGCAUUUCUCGACAAAAAAUAGCAUGGGAUGCAGUCGGAAAGUAAAGAUUGAAUGCUCUUCACUAAAACAAUACCAGGCUGGAGGAUUACACUACGGGUCAAGCAUCACCAGCACCUCUGUCUAAAACUUGGAUGCCAAACUGGCCGGGGGCUGCCGUGAGCACAAACGCAUAGACAGACCCAGCUUUGACCCCUGCCGAGUAUAAAAGGAACUCUUUAAGGCAUUCCACUAGAUAGCAUACUUUUUGCAAAUUACUGUAUAGUUGGGCUGCAUCUCAAAUAGGACUACCCUCCCCGUGUUACGUAAAACGAAAGGCUAGAAUGAAAGGCCUUAUGAUAUACGUGGUCUGAUGUGCUGGGGGGUGAAGCCGAACCUGGCGUACAUUCGAUGAUUGAAAAAGUGUCAUAUAUCAAAACAACCUUAUACAAACAUGGCGGUGCCCUACUCGCUGGGAAAUGUGAUGGACGGUAGACUCGAAAGACGGAAGUUACACGAUGAUACAGCGCCGACCAGUGAAGUCCCGACAGCUGUGCUAAUUUCCUUUGACGAUGAGCCUUCAUUGGAAGGAACAACGGGUAAUGUGGCGGAUCAGACCGCCAGUGCUAUGCAGGAAUACGAUAGCGACAGGGCGACCGAGUCGAUGCAAUUGGACACCGCGGUCGAUGGCCCGUCGAGUCGGGCGCUAGCAGGUCCUGGACCGGGCGGUGGUGGUCAGGUGGUAAAUGGAGCGGAUGGUGACAAGGUGACCUUGGAAGCUAGCAAAAUCGACUCACAGAAACGGGGAACGAUGGAGGAGGUGAAACUUUGUGGCUAUCUGAACAAGAUGGGAGAAAAAGGACUGAUCAAGACCUUCAAGACAAGAUGGUUUGUCUUUGACAAUCAAAGAUGUCGUCUUUAUUACUACAGAACACCACAAGAUUUAUUGCCUCUUGGGUCUAUUGAUAUUGCGAAUGCGUCAUUCAACUUUGAGGCCAGUGACUCCACCGGUACAGGCCACUUUCACAUCUCGACGGGCGGCCGUGUUUACCAACUACAAGCCAAGGACAGACACACCAUGAUGUUCUGGUUACAAGAAUUACAGGAGCGUCGCAGAGCUUAUAGCCACCAGAGAACCUCCCUGCAAAGAGACAAAUCCCUGGGUCAUGUGUCACCAACAUCCUUGCAACCAAAGACUGGUCUUGUCAGUACGCAGAAGAUCAAGGAUAGGAGUGGAGAUCCAUUCAGAGGGUUGCCCCCUAUUCUAGGGCCAGUGGAACUGCCCACACAUUCAGUGGGUGAGUCUACGGCGCAUACCAUGCAACAAACAGGGAUGUUCAAUCUCUCUCUGACAAACCUCAAAACAGAAAUACGAAACCAAAUGUCCAGUCUGGGCUUACGUCGUAAUGCAUCAGACGAAGCCCCUUUAGUAAAUCUUGCCUCGGAGACAUCACAGACAGACCCACCAAAAGCAGUCAAAAGACCCUCUUCACUGAAUACAGCUCCCUCUAGUGGCAAUCAGGAGCCAGGUCAGUCAGAAAGUUUACCGCCAGCAGAUCAAGGAACAAGGAAAGCGUACGAGUCAUUCAAAGCUGGAUUUAUCAAGAAGUUUGGUAGGACUAGUUCUGCUGACAUACCGUCCCCGACCGCAGUAUGGUUUGAGAAUGAAUCAGUGCAAGACUACGAGUGUGCCCAGUGUAGGAAGUUCCACUCUCAGUUGAAUGCAGUCCAGGAGGAGUUGGAGUUAGUGGAGAACGAAGUCAAGGCAAGCCAAGAGGUUAUCACCAUGCUGCAUAAGCAACUUACAGCCACACAGAUGGAACAUUCCACCAACGACAUCUUCCUACAGAGUAAGACGGACAAGGAAAAGUUGUUGAUCUUAAAUCGUAAGGACAAGCAACUGAUCCAGUUAGAACAGUUGCUUCAGGAAAUGAGGGAAGAUCGUGAUAGGGUCGUGGAACAGUUAAGGUCAAAGGAGAGAGAAGUCGAUCAUUUGAAUGAGCAAAUAUCGAUGUUCAUGGAGCUGAUCACCGCAAAGGAUCAAGUGGUCAUGUCACUCACAUCGAGGGUGCAUGAAUUGGAGCAGAAUGAGCCCAUCAGGCUGACUACCAAACCCCAGGGGACACUACAACACAGACCGUUGUCCGGACCCCAGGGCAGAGGGUCGGGCUCCUUCACUGAGCGCACCACUGAUAUUCCAUUCAUUGACCAGGCUGCCUUUGACAAACUCAAGGACGCUUGUCAGGCCUUCGAGACACAGAACAAGUUCCUCAACACGGAGAUCCUUGAGCUGAACAAGAUCCGAGAAGAUGACCUCCUGAGAGAGAGAAUGAUGUUUGAGAAGCAUUCUGAGUUGGAAGCGGAGUUUUACAGGACUCAGAGUAAAUACUUGCUGCUACUUGACCAGCUGAAAACACCCAAACGAGGUUCAGACUUAGUCAAUGAGACAGAUGAUGAGCUGAUCUCUAGGCUGAUCGAGGAAGCCAUCGAGUCGGAUACCAAUGAUCAGACACAACCCUCAACUCAGGCAGUCGUCAAUGAAAGGUACGAUCGCUACGGCUUCAUUCAAGAGAUGGAAGAGAACGGAGAAGAGGCUAGCAAACUGGCGUCCAAAGCAGCUGUGGCUCAGAGACGGUCAGAAGAGAUUGAGUCACAGCGGUCUGACCGUGGUAUAUCAUUGUCUAUCAAAUGGGAAAAUUAUCUUGUACAGCAUGGAGAUGGAGAACUAACUAAAACGUUGGAAUUGAAGUUUCUUGUACGUCAAGGUAUCCCACAUGAAUAUCGGCACAGAGUAUGGAAAGCAAUGGUUGAAUGGCACGUGAAAAAAGACAAGGAGCUGACUGGACCUGGGUACUACGAUAAGCUCAUCAAAUCUGAGAAAUUCAAGAUGAACCCGGCCACCAAGCAGAUAGAGCUUGAUCUCCUACGAACUCUGCCAACCAAUAAGAACUUUGACAACAUUGACUCCAAAGGGAUCCCAUCCUUAAGGCGAGUAUUGAAGGCAUACAGCGUACACAACCCAACGAUAGGAUACUGUCAGGGUCUCAAUCGAGUUGCUGCCAUCAGUCUCUUGUUUCUGGAUGAGGAAGAUGCAUUUUGGUGUCUGGUUGCCAUUGUAGAGUGCAUCAUGCCGGCAGAUUACUAUAGCAAGACUCUGAUCGGUUCUCAGACUGAUCAGAGAGUCUUCAAGGAUCUCUUAACAGAGAAAUUACCUAGGCUUAGCACCCAUCUGGACAACUUUGGCAUUGAUCUGUCUCUCAUCAGUUUCAACUGGUUUAUCACGGUGUUCUGUGAUAAUGUUCCUCCAGAGACCAUGCUGCGAAUCUGGGGCACCCUCCUCUAUGAAGGCAACAAGGUCCUCUUCCGUUUCGCCCUGGCAUUUUUCAAGAUGAGUGAGGCUCAGCUCCUGGUACUGCAUGAUUACAUCCACAUCUUCAACUAUCUCAGGAAAAUGACAUCCAAGAUGACAGACAUCUCCCGACUAACCCAGAUUGCCUUUGAUGAGUUAAGCCAUUUUCCCCGAAGGCACAUCAACAACAGGAGAGCUGUCCACCGAGCUCAGAUCAAGCAACAACUUGAAGAGCUGGACAAGAUGAGAGACGAGUAUGUUCCUCAACACCGGCCGUCAACAGAGGGCGUAAUCAGUGACGACGACGAGGACUAUGACACAGUGGAGGCUCUAGGGGGGAAUUCCAAGUCAUAAGAUUACCAAAUAUGUGUAAGCCAUCAUCCAAGGUCAUUGUAAUAGUACAGUAGUCGACAAAGGACAUAAUCAACCAAGUAUGAAGUGGAUCUUGUAAACGCACCUCUGGAUAGUGGGGUAGCUAGGAUUUUACCAGGAUGCACAAGGGGGGAACCAGUAUCUUAUGGGGGGGCACCAACUUUGAGUGGUGUGGUUUUUGGGGACAAGCUUUUGUUAGCCUUAUUCAGUAUCCAUUUAUACAUUUAUCUCGCUUUUUUUAAGUUGGGGGAGGGGCGGGAACCGAGCCUCCCGUGGCUACGCCCCUGCCUCUGCAGAGACAUGAGAGAAUGAAUAGUUCCUUGAUAACUGACGGGAAUCCAGAAAUUAAAUAAAAACUGUUUUUUUGGAUAAUGAAUUCUUAUAAUGCCUCCCACCUUCAGCUCAGACAAUGAACUGUCCAUUCUUUUGGGCCGGUCUCAAAAAAUUGUUUCAGACAAACCAAGCACAUAUCUUUGAAGCUUUUUGCAGUGAAGGUGGCAAGUUAAGCAAAAGGUCUACAGUAGGACCAUGCAAACAUAUCUCUUUGUGAGUACGUGCACGUGUGGUCCUAUCACCGUCUAUUAUCAGAGCUACGCAUACUCACAAUAGAGAUAUUUAUUCCCUCAUUGUAAUAUAUAUUUUUUCUAAAGUACUAUUUUCCUUAUAUUAUGGGAAUUAUGGGUUAAUCUAGAUGCUUAGAAAUACACGCCAUUUUCGUAUAAAUCCUAACAUCAUUGUCAGUGUCAUAGUAAAACAAGACUCCAGAGAGUUAAACAAAAGUAGACAGUACGGCAAAAAAUUGUCAAAUGUAUGAUCUGUUUCUGGAGAAGUCACCAAUGACAGAAGCCAGUAACACAUUGUAGUAUGGUUUAUAACUUCACCAUUUUUGCGAUAGCGUUUUUUUUUUUGCUAGAUGUAAUGCACAAAAUAUGAACAAAGCUCUGGAAAGAAUGUGUACAUUUUCAGCCGUCAAGGAAAGUGGAUUAACCUGUGGUAGAGAAAUCCAGUAUUGAGGAUCAGAAACUGUUCCCAUCUAUUUCUGGAAUUUUUCAGUUGCUGCUGGAGUGGAGUUUACCGCAGCUUGCAUUGAUGUCGUAAGUUGGAUGACUGCAUACGAGGGCCGAUUCAUAAAGCAGCCGUUAACAUUUAAAUGACAUUGCACAUUGUAAUUAAAUUACAUAGAUUUCAGUUACUGUAAAAUAAAUCGUUACAAUGGUGAAAGACUUUUUUUGUGUACACCAAUUACUUGUCCAAAAACUGUGCUAUUUAUUUUUUUUAGAUAUUCACAACAAUGGCUGACUUGCAGUAACUACUCUUGAAAUUAUGCCUGUUUCAGUAUUGAAUAUAUUUGUUUGAUCACCACGGUUAUUUUGAAUAACUUAGUAACAGUUUUCUAGUCAAGACCGACACAAGACCAUGCACAAGUAACAGGGUGAACAGUGACAAAGGAAUUGAAUAGCACAUGACUUGAAUUCAGAUUGGAGGUCUUGUGUUUGUCUUGUGAAGGUCUUAUGGUCUCAACUACAACACUGCUUAGUAAAACAGUUUUACUUUGUAAUUAGGGAAGCGAUUUUGAGUUUUGACUUUGAGCCACAUAAACCCUGUAUAUCCUGGGAGGGUAUAGAGUCUGCAUGGCUGCCAUCUUGCAGGCCUUUGCUUUGUUCCACAGAGUAUGCACAAAGGCAGUUUCCCUGUGGAACCAAAGAACUGCCCUGCAAGAUGGCUACCAUGCAAAGCCUCAAUAUGUGUGCCUUUCACCGUUAAGCUCAUAUGAGUCCGUAUAUUUCAAAUCCAAUGGUACCCAAGCUUUUGAAGGGUAGACGGAAAAGGAUGCCACGUAGAAGGACGUGCUCGGCGCACAUAAAAUACGUACUGUACACCUUUGGAGCAAAAUAUGCAUAUGAUACACGUCGGUCUACGUGGCCUCCUUUUCCGUCUACCCAGCUGACGUAAUCCCACCAGAGUGACCCGACUACAGAAAGCAAUUACUCGUGGCAAACACUACCAAGUGGAUGAUGUCUAUUCCCGCAGUGGUAAACACAGACUUCAAGAUCUGAAUUCGUUACCACUUGUUCCACAAACCGACAAUGAAUCUUGUUUGUGAAUAGAGGGUUUGCAUGGCAGCCACCUUGCAGGUCAGUGCUUUUGUUCUACGGGUUAUGCACCAUGGGAGGUUUCCCUGUGGAACAAAAGAAUUGCCCUGCAAGAUGGCUUCCACACAAAGCCUCUAUAAAACUGACACAGGCAUUAAGUUGCACACGAUGGUAGAUGCCAGUCCAUACUGUUCCGGUGAGGUGUUUUUUAAAAUAGGGAGUUUGUUGUAUUUCUUAAUGUGACUAAGUUUAAGGUUAAAGUACUAUGCAAAAUAACGCACUAAGUUACCAUGAAGACUUUCCUUCCAGCUAAUCUAGUUUUUUGUAGCAUGUUGAAACUAUGAAAUGGAUGUUAGUCUUGCCUUUAUUAUUUUAAUAUGUCACAAAUGCAAAACAUGCAUUGAUAUAUAAUGCACCACAUUUGAUGUGAUCUAACUUCAUUGUCAUGAUUGUGUACAUGAACUUGAUCCUACUUACAAUGGACAACAGUAUUUGAAAUAAAACUGCUUACAUGUACAUGAGAUAAAACUGAA